AUGGCUCAUUUAGCUUCUGCAGCGAUAAUUCAUCUUCCAAAACCCCAUAUUCUAUUCCAAAAUCCCAGUAGAGUUUUAAUAAAUCGUGGGUUUUCUUCUUCCUUUUCUUCUCGGCUUGCCAAGAAAACUAUAAAAUGUCAAACUGCAAGUCAGAAACCAAUUGUAUAUCAAGGAGUCUAUGGUCCCUGGACUGUAGAAUCCUCAGAUAUUCAAGAGGUUAUUUUAUACAGAUCAGGAUUGGUGAUUUCUGCUGCUUCUUUUGUUGUUGCAUCUUCUACUGUUUUCUUUCCCAAUGAAGAAUUUAUUCAAAGAAAUCUUGAUUUGUUUUAUGGCGUUGGGGCUUGUGGGCUAGGCUUAUCUUUGUACUUAAUUCACAUAUAUGUAACUGAAAUUAAGCGGGCGCUUCAAGCUCUAUGGGUUUUAGGUUUGGUUGGAUCUUUGGCAACAUAUGUAACUCUUGCUCAACCACUGGGGCAGAGUUUAGUACAGUAUGUUGUUGAGAAUCCAAUGGCUGUCUGGUUUGUAGGUCCACUCUUUGCUGCAUUGACUGGACUCGUAUUCAAGGAAGGCCUUUGCUAUGGCAAAUUGGAAGCGGGCAUCCUGACAUUCAUAAUUCCAUCAAUUCUGCUUGGUCAUCUGACUGGUUUGAUGGAUGAUGGAGCAAAAGUGGCUUUGUUGGGAGUGUGGAUGGCACUCUUUCUAGUGUUUGCGGGAAGAAAAUUCACUCAGCCAAUUAAGGAUGAUAUAGGAGAUAAAUCAGUCUUCAUUUUUAACGCUUUGCCUGAAGAGGAGAAGAGGACACUGAUUGAGAAACUAGAACGCCAAAACUAA